GGCGUUGUCAUGGUAACCACCAGCCGCUUGUUUAUCAAAAAAGCUACCUAAAUAUUUUAUUGCUUUACCCAUAAAAUAGUACAGAUUUUGUGUUUUUGAAUUAUUCUCCAACGGUAACAGUUCCCAGUAACAGUUAUGUGCCUGUUACUGGGUGCGACCGGCGUCGGAAAGACUCUGCUCCUAAAACGACUGCAAAAGCUGUGUCAGAGGGGCGAGCCUGCUGAUUUAGGAGAACCACCCGCUACUCUGCCCACGGUAGGCACCAACCUGACCGAUCUGACCCUGAGGAAGAGGAGAGUGACUGUGAGAGAGUUAGGAGGCUGCAUGGGCCCCAUAUGGCCCAGCUACUUCAGGGACUGCACAUCUGUUAUUUUCAUGGUAGACUCUGCCAACAUCACACAGAUUUCCUCCUCCUGCAUCCAGCUGUUGUGUGUCCUCUCGGCUGAGCCUCUCCGCUCUGCCUCUGUGCUUGUGCUGUUCAACAAGAGUGAACUCCCAUGCACCAUGUCACUAGAGGAAAUGAAAUCACUCUUCAGGAUGGAUGAAAUUAUUGCCUCUGCACCUCAGUCAAUCACGGUUUUAGAGCUCAGUGCUCGCUCUGGAGAGGGCCUUCAGGAUGUGCUCAACUGGCUGGACUCUACUCAACCUGACUGACCUGGACGACAUACAGGUCUGAUAGCAGAUCAAGGAACAUACUAACACACAGAACUUAACCUUACAUAAUGACACAAACAUCUGGGUUAGGAUCACACCACGGUUAGGACAGCUUAAUGCAGCAGAAAUGAUCUAAUCCGCUCAACAUUUCCUACGAUGGUUCACACUUAUGUGGCUGCUGAUGUGAGAAGAAUAAUUUAGUUCUCUUUGUGAAGACUGUGAUGAUGCUUGUAUAUGACUCACAGCAAACAGUAAACUGAUGUAAUAUUAAAUAGUUUGCGCCAAUUUUCACACUUGGCCUUUUGAUCUGAAAAUAGUUUGAUCAAGGACACACACGAGACACACGAGAACUCCAAAGAGUUUCGGUCCACCUCCAGUGGCCGCAUUCGACUUAACCCAAACCGUUGACCAAUGUCCAACCAUAGUGUAGGAAUGAAAACCAAUGCAUUAUUCAGAAAGAACAGAUAAAUAAAUGUUUCGAAUGUUUUCCACAGGCCAUCAGAUUGAGAUAAAACUACAGGUGUACAUUAGACUAAAGUCUCACAGAAUGCAGUAAACAAAAAAAAAAUGCACUAGCAAGAUGUUUUUAUGAUCAGAUGUAAAGCUUACUGUACAAAGAACA